AUGAGACCAGGAAGAAGGCCGGCGAGACCAGAACACCACACGUUGCCCAUAGACUGUGACGAACCCGGCACCCCGCCCAAGUCCCUCGGCCAGAAACUCACUGGCAAGCAGGAAGAGCAGCUGGAGAGCUCGGUCCGGCAACUGGCAGAGAAGAUAGUGGUGGCCCAAUGGAAGGCCAAGAAGAAGAAGGAGGAGGAGGAAGCGGCCGCGGCCAAGGCCGCCCAAGGAACGUGGGUUGACGAUAUGGGUGUGGACUAA